GGUUCCUCAGAGGUUUAUCUGUUUCAGUUCAGAAACUUAGAGAAGUAAGAGGGAGGCAAGUAAUGUUUUCUGACCAUUUGCUUAUUAUAUGAUUCUUCUUCUUUGUCCAGUCUUAUCUUACACCUUUAAUGUGGAGAGAAAUCAGAUCCCCUUCAUAUGCACUGAGCUACCUCUGUCCUUUCUGUUGUGUGACCAUUACAAGGCUGGGGCUCUGGAAGGAACUCCCUGCAGACCAGCCCACGUCCAGGCCUGCGGUUAGAGGUCCUCCCUCCUUCAUGGGUGCAGAGAAUGGACCAGAAAUACCAUAAUUUACUGGAAAAUAUAUGUAAAUGAAUAAUAGAAAACCAAUGGAGUUUGUUAAUAUCGUUGUUUCCCUCUCUACAUCUUCGUGUUACAAGUGCUGACAGCAUUGUCUUGCCAUCAGACUCCGAGAGGUGGUAUUGAGUUCGGAAAGGUUUCGUGCACUUCAUUUCAUUUUUGAAUUGCACAUGCUUGCUUUCUCAUUUUAAGGCUCUUUUCUGCUUUGGAGGAAACAUGUUCUGACAUGCUGGAGUUUGCUGGUGGUUGGCUGCAUCCGGCAGAUAGCUGAUAUGAGGACUUUGCCGACUGAAGAAAGCUGAUUGUAACGCCAACAGACUUCAGUGAAAGAAAGUAUUAUCCCACCAAGCAAUUCACAUACAGACGCCUUUUGGUAGCUUUAAAUUACUUGUUGCUCACCUGCAAAGACACAGCUAUUGUUUCUUUCAACAUACAUGGAGGAAGACAACAAAGUUUGUAACCCUGGCUAAUAGGACUGUGGCUUUCUUAUCAGAAGUGGGAGGUAGGCAAGGAUUAUUUUAUACUUAGCCUCUGGGACUUUAUCUCUUGCCUGAACGCUGGACAUAAACUAAAGUCAAUUCUAAUGACCUGAGAUUUUGCUACCUGUGCUUUAUUAUUGUUAUCAAUUCUUUAAUACUUUGGUACUUUAUUUCUUUAAAUUAGAAAUGGGCUCGUGGACUAGAAUGUGGCCCACAGAUUGGACUGUUCUCAUGAAAUCAUGGCUUAUCUUUUCCCUGGGGCUCUACAUGCAGGUCUCCAAAACUUUGGCCUGUCCAAAAGUGUGCCGCUGUGACCGAAACUUUGUCUACUGUAAUGAGCGAAGCUUGACCUCAGUGCCUCUUGGGAUACCGGAGGGUGUAACCGUCCUCUACCUCCAUAAUAACCAAAUUAAUAAUGCUGGAUUUCCUGCAGAGCUGCACAAUGUCCAGUCUGUGCACACGGUCUACCUAUAUGGCAACCAAUUGGAUGAAUUCCCCAUGAACCUACCCAAGAACGUUAGGGUUCUCCACCUGCAGGAAAACAACAUUCAAACCAUUUCUCGGGCUGCCCUAGCUCAGCUCUUGAAGCUGGAAGAGCUGCAUCUGGAUGACAACUCCAUCUCUACUGUUGGUGUUGAAGAUGGUGCAUUUCGGGAAGCUGUCAGCCUCAAGCUUCUGUUCUUAUCCAAGAAUCACCUAAGCAGUGUACCAGUAGGCCUUCCAGUGGACUUACAGGAACUUCGAGUAGAUGAAAACCGAAUUGCUGUCAUUUCUGACCUGGCCUUCCAGAAUCUUACCAGUUUGGAACGUCUGAUUGUGGAUGGCAAUCUCCUUACUAAUAAAGGCAUAGCUGAAGGCACCUUUAGCCACCUCUCCAAGCUCAAGGAAUUCUCAAUAGUACGGAAUUCACUAACCUACCCUCCUCCUGAUCUUCCAGGUACACAUCUACUAAGGCUCUACUUGCAGGACAACCAGAUAACCCAUAUACCACUUACAGCCUUUUCAAACCUCCACAAGCUGGAGCGUCUUGAUAUUUCCAACAAUCAGCUUCGGAUGCUGGUAAAAGGGGUAUUUGAUAAUCUCCACAACCUAAGGCAACUCACUGUGAGGAAUAAUCCCUGGUUGUGUGACUGCAGUAUUAAAUGGGUCACUGAAUGGCUCAAAUUUAUUCCUGCUUCCAUCAAUGUACGGGGUUUUAUGUGCCAGGGACCAGAACAGGUCCGAGGUAUGGCAGUCAGGGAGCUCAAUAUGAAUAUGUUGUCAUGUCCUACCACUACCCCUGGUCUGCCACUCGUCAUCACCCCCGCCUCAGCUACAACCAUGCCAACUACAUUGGUUCCCACCUCAUCAAUUCCUCCCCCAAGUAGCAAAUAUAAUCCUCUCACUCCCGCCAUAGCCACACUCCCCACUGUGCCUGACAGGGAGGACCGAGAAGAGAUGACACCUCCCAUAUCUGAACGAAUUCAACUCUCCAUCCAUUUUGUGAAUGACACUUGCAUCCAAGUUAACUGGAUGUCUCUUUUUACCGUGAUGGCAUAUAAACUCACAUGGGUAAAAAUGGGCCAUAGUCUGGUAGGAGGAAUUGUUCAGGAGCGAAUAGUUAGUGGUGAGAAGAAACACUUAAGCUUGGUAAAUCUGGAGCCUAAAUCCACAUAUCGGAUUUGUUUGGUUCCACUGGAUGCUUAUAACAAUUACCGAACUGGAGAAGACACUGUCUGUUCAGAAGCCACAACUAAGGCUUCCUAUUUAAACAAUGGCAGCAACAUCCCCUCUAGCCAUGAGCAGACGACUUCUCAGAACCUGGGCUCACCAUUUCUGCUGGCAGGGUUGAUUGGGGGUGCAGUGAUAUUUGUCCUUGUGGUCCUGCUCAGCAUUUUUUGCUGGCACAUGCACAAAAAGGGGCGUUACACCUCCCAGAAGUGGAAAUAUAACCGAGGCCGUCGGAAAGAUGACUACUGCGAGGCAGGGACCAAGAAGGACAACUCCAUCCUGGAGAUGACGGAAACCAGCUUCCAGAUUGUCUCCUUAAAUAAUGAUCAGCUCCUUAAAGGAGAUUUCAGACUGCAGCCCAUUUAUACCCCAAAUGGGGGCAUUAACUACACAGACUGCCACAUCCCCAACAACAUGCGAUACUGCAACAGCAAUGUCUCAGAUCUGGAGCACUGUCAUACGUGAUAGUGAGGGGAGAUGGGGGUACCUAGGACAAAGAGCAAAAACUCUGGAAAAAGUAAACCCUCCAAUAACAACGAAAAAAUUACAUUUGAUAAAUGUUACACAGAUGCAUUUAUGCAUUUGAAUACUCUGUAAUUUAUACGGUGUACUAUAUAAUAGGAUUUAAAAAAGUGCUAUCUUUUCUAUUUCAAGUUAAAUGCAAAUGGUUUUGUAACUCUUUGCUUUUUAAAUCUUUAAAAAAUAUUGCUAAGUACUGUACAGGGUUGUACAAUAAGAACCCAAUGUCAUGGCAAAGGAAAGAAUGACUCAUUCUUCAAACAUUAACCACUUUGCUGUCGAAGCUGUCUGAGGGAUCUAAGUUCCUAGCGGUCCUAUAGUACAGGAAAAUAAGUGCAUAUUAAAACAGGAUCACUAGGAAUAGAUAACGGCAAUUCAGAUAAAAUGGGUACAACUCUAUUGAUAUAAACACAUAAGUUGGUGUUGAGCUUCAAACAAUUUGAAAUAAUUCUGUUCCUCCUUAUCGGUUCUCUAUUCCUACCUCCAAGUAAAAGUUGGAGUUCUGAGUGCUACCAGAAAGACUAUUUUUGAUUUGAUUAAUUUUUACCCAAUAUACCUGGAAUAGAGGAAAGGUAGGCAGAACUCAGUGUCAAAGUGACCUUGAUUCCUAUUUGCAAAAGCUACUCUGAAAAUUUUCCCCUGAAGUAUAUACUUUUAUAUUUGAAUCUAUUUCUGCUUUUCAUUAUGAUUAAGAAGCUUUAGGCAUUCUCUGACCGUUCUCAGUGGGAGAGGAAGGUUAUCAGUAUGUAACAGAUAGCUGUCAUUAAGUUGCACCUCUCUUUAAUAGAGCAGCAUUUGUUGACACAGCAUGUUCAGGUAAGGCCUGAAUGAGGGAAAUUCUCAGCUCUGUAGAAUCCUUUUAGAAUCUGCAGUCUAAAAGUGCAAAUUACUGAAAACGUGACACAAAAUAUGAUGUUAAGGGAAAGGUUGAUUUUGACUUUUAUGAUUCAAGCUCUAUUUGAUUUAGGGAUCUGAGUUAUGUUAAGUAUAGAGAAGUAAGAAAAACAAAGAAACGAACAAACGGAGAAAACAAACAAGAAAGAUAUUCUUUUUUUAUUACUGGAAAGGCUUCCAGGCCUAUUAUGAACUGAAAUAUAUUCAGCAAGGGAAAUUGUCUAUAAAACCUGUCUGUUCUUCCCCCCCACCCAAGAAUUGUAUAGAGAUGGACAUUAACUAAGCAUUUGAUUAGCUGAGGAAUUUUGAGGACACAAGUACACGCUGUCCCUCCAAAUUACCCUUCUUUUAUCUUAAGCUUUUUGGAAAUUUUCCACAAUGAUCUGUACUUUAAAAGCAGUAGGUGGGCUUAGAAUUUUCUCUUUUAUUCCCUCAAAUUCUUCAGCUGGAAUGUCUUCUGAGUCCUUGAGCUUUAUAUGCACUAUGCAAAACAUCAUACUUGUAUUAAAACCAUGAAGCUGCUUUCAAAAUUAUAUAAAGUUCCAGCAACUACAUUGACUCUGUGGCUGCCAAAAGAUCUGGAUUUCUUGACAGCUCUUUUUUUUCAGUUUAUUUUCUAAUGUCACUCACUUUCUCCUGAGCUCGAGGACAAAGCAAAAGUUCACAACAAGGAGGAAAAAAAAGAGACAAAACUUUCCUGACAGAGUAGGGAACCAAAGAGAAAAUUUUUUACAGUGACCAGCUAGGGACAAGGAAAAGUCAUUAAAAGUAGAAUGGAAGUAAAGGCUGAAGCGCUAUUACUAAGGAAUGCUUAGAUUUUUCACUAUAUGAGGUUGCUUAUGUUGGGAGAGAGGGUUUUAAUCCUUUCCUUUGCUUAUUUCUCUCUAUCCAUUCUUGAAUCCCGGCAGUCUAUGGGUGCACAGUUUCUCAAAUCGCAUGAGAACACUCAUUUUCUGCAAUGGCAAAAUGAAUCCAAUUACUUGGUGAUAGCUGGCAAAGUACAAUCUUUAUGUAAGGAACUGCAUCCUCCCCCAACACCUUUUAUAAUCACACAGUCUGAAAUUCCACUCUAUAUUCUGUAUAUUUGCUAUUUUCUCCAGCUAUAACAGGUAUUUUAGGCAACCCGUGUGGCUACUGUAAUAGUAAAGUCACUGAAAUUUUGCUGAAUAAAGGCUGCCAUAUGAUUUCA